AUUCAAAUGUUCAAACUCUGUUAUUUUUUUCACUCUUUUAGAUCUGGGUGUGUCAUUUCGUUUUCCACCAUGAUGGGCCUCAAAACUGUCACCUGCCCGUAUAAUGAGAGCCAUCAGAUUUUGCCCCAUCGAAUCCAGUAUCACAUCAUCAAAUGCGCCAAGAACCACCCUGAAAUGGAUAUGGCCAUUUGCCCGUACAACGCCACACAUCACAUUCCUCGCAGCCAGGAAUUACUCCACCUCCAAGACUGUCCGGACCGCGAUGCCAUCGAGUUGCAAAAGUUCCGUGUGAAUGACCUCAUUCCCGGACCUCACGGCCAACUCAACAAGCCCGUCGUGUAUGGCUCAUCUUUGAUUCCAUUUGAAGGCGAAGUACGCCAUUCUUCCCGGCCCACGGGGGACUGGAGGGGCUUUGAAGGUCAAUUCGAUCAUGAGGACGACGAUUCGUUCGACCUUGAUCCUGAAGACCGAGAAGUUCGUGAUAUCAUUGACGAGAAACAUGCGACGUCAAAAUUCUCUCCUCCAACCUCACAUCCUCCUCCGGCUCUCGAUGAAACGCAAGAUUCCAUCGGAUUUCGAGGCAUGGGUCGUGGAACGCGUCUCAAACGCCGACUUAAUCAAUCCCAAGCAACACUGUCCAAAUCCGAAACUAAAAGUCAGACGGGCUUACCUUCUCAUCAGAUUGGCAUUGCUGCCUCGGGUCAGUCAUCGGUUUUGGGUCGGGGCAUGUCAUGUCUGAAGUCCUACCAACAGCAACGUCAUCGAGACCUCGUCAUGAACAAAGUCCGAGAGAAGCACCACCACCUUGGAAAGGACGAGUCCUUCGAGGAUGCCGCGGAAGAGUUUAAGGACUCGAAAUCGAGGCAUUCGCAGUCGGGUUUGGAGAUGAGUCUGGAGAACUUGAUGAUUCACGACCAGAACAUGGCUCGGCUGGCCUCACGUCAUUGAAACACUUAAUCAUUUUUAAGAAAGCAAUUGGUCUCUCAUUUUGGUUUGAGCUCAACUGUCUCUAUACCCUGCAGGCCUGAGAAGGAGAAGUAACCUUCGAUCAUUUCGUGAUAAACCUUUUUCAGAGUAAAAUUCGAUUCAAUAGGAAAACAACGGAUGUAUUUUCAACUAAGAACGGCUGCUUAAAUCUGAAGCCACAACCAAGGAACGAGACGGGAGGUCAGCCCAUCAUGCGAUUAAAGCGAUGGACGAUUCUCGUCCUCAUCGUGUUCUUUCUGCGUGAGGCUGAACCCACUGCCCGAAUCGAGCACGUCUUGGUCCUCGAACAGGCCAUGCUCGAUCUGAUAAUCGAGUAACAACUCUCGCAGUUCGGGAAGGACGUACUUUUUUAGCCUGGGCUCUUUGUCACACAUAUCCUUGUAGGUGAAGGCAAUCUUUUCAAAGUCAUUCAUGUCCAAAGAGACGGCUGUACGAUUGGGAUGAAUACGACACGUGGACAAGAGGAUAUCCGCCCGUUCGAGGCGGUUUUGAUUGGGAAACAGAUGGCCAAUCGUUUUUCUCACUGUCUUUUGUUUGCCAUGAAACAACGACGUAAACACCUUUUCCAGGAAGUUAAAGGGCAAAUCAAUGUAAGGUUGCCUCAAAGGCAAUAGAGUCAUCACUCCCACGUCCACAGAUGCCGCUGGCACAAACGAACCGCCCUUCAAGGUGUAUUUCAAGCGGGCUUGAGCAAAGUUCUGACACAACACCGAGAGUCGGCUUCGAUUUCGGUCUCCGGGCUGGGCAAUAAUCCGCUCAGCCACUUCUUUUUGAAAGGUCAACACGGCCGGCACACGUCCAUAGGAGAACAAGUUAUCGUGGGCAGCCAUGUCGCGGAUGGUCCGGACCAAGAAAGGCAUGGUAAUGUUAAACGGUAAAUUGCUCACGAGACGAAUAUCCGGCACUUGCGGCGAGUCCCACGGCUGCCGUAGCUCCGCGUCCAAAAAUUCUGCAAGUUUAAACCAAAUGGUCGUCUUGAAUUCAGUUUCAUAAAAAGGAAGUGGGUGGAUUUAGAUCGACUUGAACGAAACUGAAAGCUUACUCGACAGAUUAACUUUGAGGACAUCGCCCAUAUUGAUGAUGAUGCGACCUUGGGCGGCCUCUUGCAAGAGCCGGAGCGGACUGAGGAAUCGGGCAUCUUUCUCAAUGACCACGACUUGGCGGGCGCCAUUGCCUAUCAAGGCUCGCGUGAUGCCACCGGGUCCGGGUCCAAUCUCCACUACUGUCUGACCAGCCAACGGACCUAAACUCGCCCCAACACACGAGAUGACUGACUUACACAGACGCCUAGACGGUAUGGGGAUUGAAGACAUGGCUUACCGGCAGUGCGAGCGAUUUUGUCCAGCGUCCGGGGGUCGAGUAUGAAGUUUUGGGAUAGGCUGCGUUUGGAUCGGAUACCGUAGAGCCGGAGCAGAUCGCGCGUGCUGGGCAAAGGGGGCAGCCGCCGAGCGGCGGAACUGGUCAUGGCCCAGGAGGAACUACCAAUAGAAGAAUAGAGGAAUAGAAGAUCGACGUAAUGAGUGGUGGGCGCGGCAGACGUGAUAAUUAGGCUUUGGCCUCCUUCAUUUCCAUAGGAUC